AUGGCAGAAACGUUAGACUUGAAUGCCUUGAAUUAUACUGUGCUAAUUCCCUAUAAUGGAACCACCGCUACGGGAGGUGACUCGUUAGAGAUCGACCUGAAUGUUUUUUAUAACGCCGGUGAUAUCGCGUGGAUGAUCACAUGCACGGCCUUGGUGCUGCUUAUGAUCCCAGGCGUAGGCUUUUUCUACUCUGGACUUGCUCGAAGGAAAUCCGCUCUAUCUUUGAUAUGGCUGUCGGUGAUGUCUCUUGGGGUCGUCUCCAUCCAGUGGUUUUUCUGGGGCUACUCCCUUGCAUUUUCGCAUUCAGCAGGAACAUAUAUCGGAAACCUCCAAAACCUCGGCUUUAAAGGCGUUCUCGCCCAGCCAUCUGUGGGAAGCACAAAGAUUCCCGACUUAAUGUUUGCCCUUUACCAAGGAAUGUUUGCUUCCAUCACAGUUGCUUUGGCAGUGGGAGCUGUGGCUGAACGUGGUCGAAUGGCACCAUGUAUCGUUUUUAUGUUUAUUUGGACGACAAUUAUCUAUGACCCACUCGCUUGCUGGACGUGGAAUGCCUCUGGCUGGGUAUACAAAAUGGGUGCUCUCGACUUCGCUGGCGGAACACCGGUACAUAUCGCCUCCGGCGCUACUGCGUUAGCUUAUUCUCUUAUGCUGGGAAAGCGACGAGGCCACGAUGCCCGUGAAUUCAGCUAUCGUCCCCAUAACGUUACCCAUGUUGUAAUCGGAACGGUGUUCUUAUGGUUUGGGUGGUUUGGUUUCAAUUGUGGCUCCGCAUUCAGUGCAAACCUUCGAGCAGUUAUGGCCGGCGUGGUGACAAAUCUGGCUGCUGCUGCUGGCGGUGUGACCUGGUGCCUUUUGGACUAUCGCUUGAAUCGAAAGUUCUCCGCGGUGGGCUUCUCCUCUGGGGUGAUAUCCGGCCUCGUAGCUAUUACUCCUGCCUCGGGUUAUGUCCCACCUUGGUCAGCAGUGAUUUUUGGCGUGAUCGGAGCCACUGCAUGCAAUCACGCUACGAAGUUGAAAUACCUGAUGCAGAUUGACGAUGCCUUGGAUAUUUUUGCCGUUCAUGGCAUUGGGGGUAUCGUCGGGAAUUUGCUUACGGGCCUCUUUGCAGCUGAUUAUAUCGCAAGGCUCGACGGUGCCACUCAUAUUGAUGGAGGUUGGCUCAAUCAAAAUUAUAUCCAGCUCGCCUACCAACUUGCAGACUCCGCAAGCGGCGCUGCCUAUUCAUUCUUCGGGAGCUGUAUUAUUCUAUUCCUUAUCAAUCUAAUCCCUGGAUUGCAACUCCGAACCAGUGAGAACGAUGAAACCUUAGGUGUCGACGAUGUGGAGAUUGGAGAAUUUGCUUACGACUACGUGGAAAUCACUCGAGACGUCGGAAGCGAGCUCGAGACCGAUAUUUCCGAACCCAAAUCUGACAUUGACUCUGUUGGUCGGCAGAAGUAUAUUAGUACCGCAUCAAACACGAAUGAGAAGUAA